AUGGAACAACCCACACAUGCUCAUAUGGAGAAACCAGUGAAGAUCAUGAGGAGAUCAAUCUACACAUUUCUGCAAUACUACCAGUACUUCACCACCCGCCCAGUUCUUCUCAUAAUCCCCUUCUCUGCCUCAGUCCUCCUCUCACAGGCGGUUUUCGCCUCUUCUCCGCCGCCACUUCUGAUCAUCCAUGGCUGCUAUAAUUCCCUCUUCCAUACUCUAAGAUUCUCUUCCCCUUCACAGUUCGUCUCGCUUCUCAAUUUGAAUCUUUCUCAGACCAUAUUCACCUCUGUUUUUAUCCUCCCUUUUGCGCUCACCUCUCUAGUCAUCGCCAAGUCGUUUAUAAUUCAAGCUCUGAUUCACCACAAAUCAUCUCUCCCACUACCCUCUUCGUCUUUCAGACCAGUUUACAAGCCUUUGCUCCUAACCCAACUCUGCAAUUUGGUCCUCAUCAUUAUUGUCAACGUGAUCGCCUUCUCUGUUCUAUUUCUUGUCUUCCAAUCACUUGAUGCAUUUGGGUUCUCAACAAACAACCUUCUUGUCCUUGUCUCUGCUAAAACUGUUUUCUACUCCUUCAUUGCCAACGCCGGUGUCAUAUGCAACCUAGCUUUAGUGGUAGCAGGGGUGGAAAAUUGUAUUGGGUGCAUGGCAAUUUGGAAGGCCUGUUUGUUGAGUUGGAAAAGGAAAUCAAUGACACUCUCGAUGAAUCUUCCUGUCAAUUUGAGCAUCCUUGCUAUUGAAGGCUUGUUCAAGUAUCGGGUUGUCAGGGCUUAUCGUCUCUCGGGAAGGCUUGGUCCUUCUAUGGCUUUGGAGGGGAUGCUCAUUUCUUACUUGUACUCACUCCUCAUUGUCCUUGACACAAUAGCAAGUUGUCUGUUCUUCAAGAGCUGCAAUACAAAUUAUCAGACCGAUAACACGGAGGGAAUAUAUUAUUACCAUAUCAGAAUUGUCAAAAAGGAUGACGGCAAUUGUUCUGCAAACUCGGAAUUUAAAUGUUAG